AUGAACAUGGCAACUAGUUUUGAGAAUAAGGUAAAUUGAAAAUAGAAAAAUAAUUCCAGCAUCUUUUUUUCAGCAAGAAAAUUACCAAAAAGUCAUUCAAAUUCAUCUAGAAAAAGGCCCAGUUGACCAUGAUUAUACAUUCGGAUUUUUAUGUGAAAUUUUAAAUGAUGCGAUUGUAAGUUGAUAUUUGUUAUUUUGAGUGGAACUUAUCAAAUUCGUCAUACUUUUAAUUUAAAGAGUGCAAUCGAAGGUCGUUCACAAGUUGUUUAUUGUCAAGCACCAUUUAAUGUUUGUGGUGAUAUUCGAAGCAGAUAUUCAGAUCUUUUAGAAAUUUUCAAAAAAUGUGGAUGGCCUUUUGAUACAAAAUAUAUGUUUCUUGGAAAUGUUAUUGAUGGAUCAAGAUUCAGUUUGGAAACAUUAGUUUUGUUGCUUAGCUGUAAAAUAGCAUUCCCUGAUAAUUUUGUGAUUUUAAGAGGGUAUUUAGAGAAUAUUAUGUUGACGUAAGGCAUCCGAUUACUGUAGAUUCUUUCCAAUCAAGUAUUGAAUUUCAGAACUGAAAAUAGUUUUGUGGGUGAAUUUCGUGUCAGAUUUCCAAAUUCGAAUCAAUGGAAAAUAUUAUCAGCCGCUUUGAAAAAGUUUAUUCAAAGACUUCCACUUGUCGCAAUUCUCAAUAGCAAAAUAAUCUGUUUGAAUUCUGUUUUCACAACAAAUGUAACUAAUGAAAAAUGCGCUGUGACUGUUAAAAAGUAAGUUUAAUCUUCUUUGGAAUUAAAGGUUACAAGUCAAUUAAUUAAUUAAUUUUUGUAGUGGAGUUUCAAAUGGAACAUCAACAACAAAAAUCGAGAUCAAAUUUUUGCCAUUAGAUACACCACAAGCAGUCACACCAAAAAAGAUUGAAGAAAACGCCAAACGUCUCAAAGAUUUGUUAAAUGUUCUGGAUAUGUCACUUAUGAUUAAUUCGAAUGAUGUUAUUCCAAAUGGUUAUAAUUUUUCUUUGAAUCACUCACUUUUGACAAUCACAUCUGGUUCAAAAAUUUCAAAGAAAAUUGAUAAUCGAGGAGUUGUCAUGAUGGUAAGACCUAUAGAAAGUGAUUUUUUGACAUGUGUUUUUUUCAGAUGGAUUGCACAAAAAAGACAACCUUCAAAAAAAUCAAUUCAGCUGAAGGAAACAUUGAGAGUCAAGUAACUUUGCUGAGAUGUUAA